AUGCCCUCGGCUUUGACCUUUGAGUUGUUGGCCCGCUGUUCUACAACAAAAGCAAGAGCCGCCAAUUUGACUUUACCUCAUGGCCCAGUUCAAUUACCCAUGUUUAUGCCAGUGGCCACACAAGCAUCAUUGAAAGGCUUGACACCGCAACAAUUGGAAGAUACGGGUUGUCGAUUGUGCCUGAAUAACACCUAUCAUUUAGGAUUGAAACCAGGACAGGAAGUUUUGGACAAAGUUGGAGGAGCCCAUAAGCUACAAGGAUGGAAUCACAAUAUUUUAACGGAUAGUGGAGGUUUUCAAAUGGUCAGUCUUCUCAAGUUGGCCAAUAUUACAGAGGAAGGUGUACGAUUCUUGAGUCCGCAUGAUGGAUCCCCAAUGCUACUCACGCCUGAGCAUUCUAUGUCUCUUCAAAAUUCCAUAGGAAGCGACAUUAUUAUGCAACUUGAUGAUGUAUUAGUUACUACCUCCCCUGAUGCGGAAAGAAUGCGAGUAGCAAUGGAAAGAAGCGUUCGAUGGCUCGAUCGAUGCAUUACUGCACAUGCGAAUCCAACUACACAAAACCUAUUCUGCAUUAUACAAGGGGGCCUAGAUCUAGAUCUGAGAAGAAAAUGUUGCGAAGAGAUGGUCGCAAGAGGAACACCAGGAAUUGCAAUAGGUGGGUUGAGUGGUGGUGAAGCCAAGUCAGAUUACUGUCGUGUAGUAAAUACAUGUACAAGUCUCUUACCAGAGAAUAAGCCAAGAUAUGUCAUGGGAAUUGGAUAUCCUGAGGAUUUGAUUGUUAGUGUGGCUUUAGGUGCAGAUAUGUUUGAUUGUGUAUGGCCUACUCGAACAGCAAGAUUCGGAAACGCAAUAACCAAACAUGGAGUCAUAAAUCUACGACACGCAUCUUAUGCGAAUGAUUUUGGUCCAGUUGAAGAAGGUUGUGGAUGCAUAUGCUGCAGAACAGGAGAUGGCGGUCUCGGUACUACCAGAGCAUUUGUUCACCACGUAGCCGCCAAAGAGACGGUUGGAGCACAUUUACUUACCAUGCAUAAUGUUUGGUAUCAGUUGGAGUUGAUGAGAAAUGCUAGGAAAGCUAUCAUUGAAGAUAGAUAUCCAGCUUUCGUGAAGAAGUUCUUUUCAGAUCUUCAUGGUGGAGAGAAAUCAAAAUAUCCAGAUUGGGCAGUGGAGGCAUUGAGAACAGUUGGUGUCGAUCUAAUGGAAGAAUGA